AUGCUCCGGGAGGGCGAUGCGGCUCCCCGCGUCCCGCUGAGCGAGGCCGCGCUGCACCCCGCCGGGGCUGCCCUGCGCAGGGCAGGGGGGCUGCCAGCGCUGUGCCCUCCGGCCUCGCCCCCCUUCCCGACACCGGCACCUCCGCCCUUGCAGGGCUUCGCUAUCUAUUUUUUUUUAAUUUGGUUUGAUUUGGUUUGGGUUUAUUUUUUGGUUUAUUCAUCCCUCCUGGAAAGAACACAUAACAAACCAAAAAACGCCAAAGCCGCCGCUCCCUGCGCCGACCCCCGCGGCGGGCUGGAGAGGCUGAUGCGGCCGCUAAGGGAGAGGAUAGUGGUUAAAGCUCGAGCUGGAUGGAUGGGUAUGGGGAGAGGGGCAGGAUCCACAGCCCUGGGACUUUUCCAAAUCCUCCCUGUCUUUCUCUGCAUCUUCCCUUCAGUGACGUCUCCAUGCAAGAUCCUCAAGUGCAACUCUGAGUUCUGGGCGGCCACGUCGGGCUCGCACCACCUGGGCGCGGAGGAAGCGCCCGAGUUCUGCACGGCCCUGCGCGCCUACGCGCACUGCACCCGCCGCACCGCCCGCACCUGCCGCGGGGACCUGGCCUACCACUCCGCCGUGCAUGGCAUAGACGACCUCAUGGGCCAACACAACUGCUCCAAGGAUGGCCCCACGUCCCAGCCCCGCCUCCGGACCUUGCCCCCCGGGGACAGCCAGGAACGUUCCGACAGCCCCGAAAUCUGCCACUACGAGAAGAGCUUUCACAAACAUUCGGCCGCCCCAAACUAUACCCACUGCGGGCUCUUCGGGGACCCCCACCUCAGGACUUUCACAGACACUUUCCAAACCUGCAAGGUGCAAGGGGCGUGGCCGCUCAUAGACAAUAACUACCUGAACGUCCAGGUCACCAACACGCCCGUGCUGCCUGGCUCCACGGCCACUGCCACCAGCAAGCUCACCAUCAUCUUCAAGAGCUUCCAGGAGUGCGUGGAACAGAAAGUGUACCAGGCCGAGAUGGAUGAGCUGCCCGCCGCCUUUGCCGAUGGCUCCAAGAACGGCGGAGACAAGCACGGAGCCAACAGCCUGAAGAUCACCGAGAAGGUGUCGGGCCAACACAUCGAGAUCCAGGCUAAAUACAUCGGCACCACCAUCGUGGUGAGGCAGGUGGGCCGGUACCUCACCUUCGCCGUGCGCAUGCCGGAGGAGGUGGUCAACGCCGUGGAGGACCGGGACAGUCAGGGCCUCUACCUGUGCCUGCGCGGGUGUCCUCUCAACCAACAGAUUGACUUCCAGAGCGUCCGCUCGGCUCAGGCCACGGACGGCCGUGCCCGUCGCAAGGGGCCCAGCCCCCCGGCCGCCCCCGAGGCCUUCACCUACGAGACGGCCACGGCCAAGUGCAGGGAAAAGCUGCCCGUGGAGGAUCUCUACUUCCAGUCCUGCGUCUUCGACCUCCUCACCACAGGGGACGUCAACUUCAUGCUGGCUGCUUACUACGCCUUUGAGGACGUGAAGAUGCUUCACUCCAACAAAGACAAGCUGCACCUCUAUGAAAGGACACGGGAACUGGCCCCAGGCAACGGGGCUCCAUCGAGGCCCACCCCUGCCCUCUGGGUAGCACUGCUGUGUUUGAGUCAGUGUUGGCUGUGCUUGUUAUAGAGGUUUGCUCCUUCGCAUCGUUGGAGAGUGUGGAAAGGGGAGCUGGAGGGAAGCAGGGCUGAGGCGGCAGUGCUGGACAACUGGAGUCUGGAUAUCAAAGCCUCACGGGUUGUCCUCAAACCUCAGCCCCCCUCUUUGGCACCAGGUCCUCCACCUUCCCAGCUGUUGCCAGGGAGGAACGCGCUGCCAGCGGGACCAGUCAGGAGCUUUUGCUGGACUGUACCUUGUCUGGACCUUCCUCUCUCCUCCUCCCAGCAAUGUGGGUGCUGAGGAGCCCUCACAUCCUUGCAGCUCUCCUCGACAUCCCAGAGAUGCACGUGGUGACUCUGACAUGUGCGUGCAUCAACCUGGCUUUGUCUUCGCAGAGCUUGCGAGGAGGGCGCAGAGCAGUAAGCCGGGGCCAGGCCUGGCCAGCACUAAGGGCUGGGCUUGCUGCUCCCCGGGGCCGUGCCCUGCUCUUGGGGCACGUCCCGCUCUGCCCGUAGCCCUGUUGUUGCAGAAAGUGGUGCAAAGGGGCCGAAAUGGCGGGGAACGAUCCUGCACUUGCCCGACCACCGGUGCCAGGCAUCUUCUGGGUGGGAGGACACGUUCCUCAAGCCCCGGCUUGUGUUUGCUGUGGUUCAAAGGACGUCUCCUGGUUUAGCCAGUUCAUUUGGCUGAUGCACUCAGCAGUUUUAUUCCUGGCUCCCUUGUCUCUGCCCAGACCCACCGAGGACUCGAUGGUAACGGGAGAAACCUGGCCAGUAUUCAAGCGGUUUCUGCAGCUUCUGCCCAAGCGUUGGAUGAGUUCCUCACACCGUUCGCUCUCCGGUCCCCUGAAGCUGGCAGCGGGGAGACUGCUGCGGGGGAGACCCAACCUGCACCUCCCUCCCGCCCCUCGGCCCAGCCCUGGGAUGGAGCAGGAGCGUCACACUCUCUUUGUUUGCUGCUAGGUCUCUGCUCAGCUCCUCAUCCUGGGGCUGCCACUUGCAAGCCCGUUGCAGACCAGUUGCACCUUAAGCCCUUCUGGGCUUGGAUUGGAAAUGGGGCAAUGUUCGAAAUCUAUCCAGGAGAUGGGAUGCAGCAGAGGACCCCCCCAACUGUCUCCAAUGUCUGUUCCCUGCCUUGAAACCAUCGAUAAUCUCUUUCCCCCACCAUGUAGUGCUGCCCAUCUCCUCCUUUUCAUGUUCCUCUGUGGUUCAACCUUACUGCUCACUGAACAAACAGCAAGACCAGCUUUGGUCUGCAUCUCGGAGACCUCCUCGUGGGUUUCCCUUCCUUUCCUCAGGGGGAGGUUGCCUGAAACAAGCCCCAAAACACAUGUCACUCUUGGGGCCACCUCCUGCUCUCAAGGGAAGUCUCUGGGGGUGAUGAGACAAGCUAGCACCAAAAGAGGUGGGAGCAGGCUAUGUUUGGCAGUCUGAACUGCUGCCAAGAGGCAGCCUGGUGUAAAUACUCCAUGUGACUGUUCAUUGUGUCCUAACAGCUCUAGAGCUCCAUUUGUAAAGCAGCAGAGAAAUGCAAAAUUUGUGUCAAUGGAUGUAAUUUAUAUUGUCUCUUUAAUAUAUAGAGCCCUGGCAUUGAUCUCGUGUGACUGUACAGAUGAAGAGAUGUAAUUGGUUUUUAAAUGUUUAAGAAAAGAAACAAAAAAGAUGUGUUUACUACUUUGCUCCUUGCUUCGUUUGCUGGUGCCCCAGGUAUUCUGUUUAGGGAGAUUUUGAAAUAAGAGAUAUCACAGUUUGGAGACGCCGAGGUGAGCAACCACUGGACUGCAGCACAGGACAGUUGAGGUUCCUGAUGCACUAAUUGCUUGGCCAGGCUGAUUUGGACUUUUUUUGUUUCCUUUUGUUAGAGAAGGAACCAAGUUUUUGUCUUCCCUAGAAAUUUUGAAAUCCCCAAUUUGUCACUGGGUAAGAGGAAAUGUUUGUUUCUUGCUCCGUUAUGCCAUAGAUAAGAGCAGCUGUGCAAAGCAUCCCACUGAAGACACGGUGCUUCUUGAAAGCGGUCUUAGCUGGCCAAGCCCCAGCUGGCCAAGUUCAUUCUGCCCUUCAGACCUCCUUUUCCUAUAAAGCCAUCAUCACCCUCUGGCACGAUGGGCUGUGGUUCAGGGGUAAUUUCCAGCCAAGGAAAGUCUGUUUGAUGCUGGCGUGGCUCAGCCCCGCUGUCCAGGUGAGCACUCCAGUGGUGGCCGGCUGUCGUACGGUGGUAGGGGUAUCUCUGUUUUAGAAUCAAACAGUGAAGCACUUUAUUUUGGUUGUGUUUGACCCAGUUCUGGUUAAAGGUGAAGUGUGGCCAAGAAAGACCCGAUACUUGUAAACAAUCAAACAAAUACGUAGGCAAAAGGGGGAGGGCAUUAUGAGAAGCCCCCCUCCAGCUCCUCCCUGCGUUGAGACCCACGGGAGUGUCACCGCCUGUAUAUACUGUAAAUUAUUUAUUGAGAGAAACACAAGUAAAGUUUGAGGGUUUUUGACAAUAAA